UGCUAUCAAGAUGUCUAAGCAGGAUACGGCUACCUUCUUCUCGCAAGGCACAUCCGCACAGUUCGACCACGUGCUGGCCCUCUAUCCGCAGGUGUUAAAGCUGAGAGCGGAAAACAAAUGCAAAAAACCGGACGAGUUAAUCCGGCUGGACGACUGGUACCAGAACAAACUGCCUCAGCUGAUCAAGAAACGGGGCAAGGAUCGGUUCAUGGUGCACGAGGAGCUGGUGAAAACUAUGAAAUGGAAACAAACCCGUGGCAAGUUCUACCCACAGCUAUCCUAUUUGAUCAAAGUAAACACACCUCGAGCGGUGCAGGCGGAAACGAAAAAAGCUUUCCGUAAACUGCCCAACCUGGAACAGGCCAUUACCGCACUCUCGAAUCUAAAAGGCGUCGGCACAACGAUGGCAUCGGCAUUGCUUGCUGCGGCGGCUCCAGAAACUGCCCCAUUUAUGGCGGACGAAUGUCUGAUGGCAAUACCGGAGAUCGAAGGCAUCGACUACACCACCCGGGAGUACAUGAACUUUGUGCAGCACAUCCAGGCCACGACAGAUCGAUUAAAUCGCGAGUGUCAUCCAGCGGACUGUUUACCAGAACAGCCGACCAGUAGCGUCAAGCGGGCUGGCAAUGGUACGACUGCUAAAGAUGGCAACACGGACGACAGUAGUUCCGCCACUACUUCCGACGAGGACGACUCGCUAACUGUAUCACCUACCAAAAAAAGCAAACCCGACACUUCAAAGCCCGGAUUGAAGGCACACGAAAAAAAAUGGUCACCACACAAAGUUGAGCUCGCACUGUGGACACAUUACGUCGCGAGUGAAUUACAACCGGACAUACUAGAGCAUACACCGCUGAAUGGGAAAUCGGUCACCGACACGGUAGAUCCAAAUCAACCUGCGUCGCCCAGUAAUCCUGCCAAAUCGGAUGUAUCCAUGACAACAAACGGAAAUUCCACCAGCUUAGUCCGGACCCAAAGCAACCAUGUAAGCGAGGAUCCGUCCGACGAAAGCAACUUUGACACGGAGCACGAGAAAAGUGCACUCGGAUCGGACGAGUCGUCCAAGGAUCACAAAUUCGUGCUGGACAGUUUGGACGAUUGUACGAAGUCAGAGGAUAGUAUGGAGCGGCCCAGUGCUGCGGCUGUGACUAAUGUCACUGGUAAAAAACCAUUUUCCGGCACUGCUCGAAGAAAGACAGCGAAAAACAGUGGCCGUUGUGCGGUGGCUAGCGAUGAUUCGCUCAGUAGUCCUAAACCUUCGAUCGAACGAAAGGGAAAUAGUUCCGGUGAGGAAGAGGAGGAGCAGGAAAAAGAAGAGGAGGAUGAAGAGACGGUUCUGCCACCCAGUAAGAAGACUAAAGUUGACUAA